AUGGCAGGAAACAAGGACCUGCAUGAGCUGCGUCCAGGAUUCAUAGUCCAGCCUCUCCACAACAGCAUACCUCCAGACCUCCUUCCACGCUUUGACCCGGUCUACGUAGAGUACUAUAACAAAUACAAUGCGGGACGGCUGCAUACGCAUGAGGUGUCGAUUGAAGUCUUUCGCAAAGAUCCGGCCAAGUACUUGACGGCGUACGGUCGUGCUGUAGGUCCGGAUGUUUUCAGCAUAACCGAGAAGACGUGCGCGGUUAAAGACGGAGAGAUCAAGAUUCGUAUCUUUGAGCCCGCACCUAUCCAUGAUGAACACGGACGGCCCAAGAAAAGAGCCGUUUACAUCAACUUCCAUGGGGGCGGCUGGGUCUUUGGAAAUCUUUCGACUGACCAUGACUUUUGCAAACGCCUCGUGGAUGGACUGGAUGGUCACCUGGUAGUGUUUGACGUAGACUAUCGGCUUGCGCCUGAGUACAGGUUCCCCACUGCCGUGGACGACUGCUGGGUCGCCUUCAAUUGGGUUAGGUCUCAAGCAGGAAAUUUCAACCUCGACCUGAAUAGGAUAUCAGUUGGAGGGACCUCUGCUGGAGGCCAUCUUUCCGCGGUAAUAGCUCACCACUGUCGAAACGCCAACAUUCCGCUUGCGUUGCAGAUCCUCGUGGUGCCUGUCUGCGACUUGCACAGUUCAUUCACACCAGAUGGAGCGUUUGACCGGGAGAAUUCUCCGUACGAUUCGUAUCGGGAGAUGGAGUUUACCGUAGCCCUACCAGUGGCGAGAAUGUCAUACUUUCAUCAACAUUUCCUCGGGGUACCACGACCUGCUCCAUCGGAAGAUGAUUGGAAGAUAUCCCCCAUGUUAGCCCGUGACUUCUCCAACCUGGCGCCGGCUUUGGUCUUCAGUGCCGAGAUGGACCCCUUGCGAGACGAGGCCGAAGUAUACGCAGACAAGCUGAGAGCGACAGGUGGGCGAGUGGAAUUAGUCCGGGUUGCGGGAGCCCCGCACACCUUUUGUGGGUUGGAUGAGAUUCUUGAGUCGGCCAAGCAGUUCAACAAGAAGGUGAUUGAGACAAUGCAGAAGGCAUUCGUCUCUCAGUCUGGUUGA